GUGCAAAUGAAAUGAAUGCUUCGCUCUCUCGCCGUGCGCAAGACGUCGAGUGGAAACGUUUGUCCCGGCAAAUGUUUCAAUUUCUUCAAUUUUAGGUAAAUGCAAUAAAAAUCAAUAUCGCCAUUGUCCAUGACCGCAAAGUUAUGCAGUGAUCGUUACGUAGUUUUCGAUCUUCUUACGAUCGUUUAGAAAAUAAAAUUCUUUACGUUUGUUCCGAGACGCCCGCCAAGAAAUCUUCUGCCAACGAGAAAACACUAAUAAAAAAUGGCAAGUAAACGGUCUGCAACAACAGAAUUAAAUCAUGAUAAUUGGAAUGAAGAGAAUGAACCAGAAGAGGCGGGUACGUUUGCAAAAGCAGCAAGCGAUGUACUCGAAAAGAGAGUUAUGAAAACAGCUAGACGUCACUUUCCAUCAAGAGAUGGCGCUAUGAAAAGCGCAUUUGGAACAUUUGCAGGUUUCAAAACUACUUCUGCAACUAGUUCGUCCCCAUUUGGUUUUUUAGCUAACGUAAGCACAACUUCUACUACAACUACUGCUACAUCAGCGGCAACUUUAAAUACAAGCAACAGGAAUAUCGCUAGCAAUGGUUCUAAAAUUCUUGAAACUGAUACAAAUAAAGUGGAAGACACAGUUAAAGUACAGACAUUGUCGAGUACAAGUUCAAGCAAAACAGUUUUACCUGAGCAAGGGAAUGAAAAUACAAAGAGUCAUUCAUCAGAAUAUUACGCGAAAUUGAAAGGACUGAACGAGAGCGUUGCUGCAUGGAUAAAAACUCACGUAGAUGCAAAUCCAUUUUGUAUAUUAACACCUAUAUUUAAAGAUUAUGAGAAAUAUUUGAAGGAGAUCACAUUGAAAGAAGAGAGCACAAAGAGACGAGCUUCGCAACAUGUGACACAAACUGCACAAAACGAUAAUCAAAAGGAUACAAGUGCAGAGAAAAAACUUGACACUUCCUCAUUUGGCACUUCAAAUACAAAUACAAAAUCUGUUUCAACUGCAGGAACAGAUUGGAAACCCGAAAAGUCGAUAUUUUCCAAUAUCACUACAAAAUCGAUAUUCGGUAAUACGGAAAAAAAGGAAAGUCCUAAAUCUCAAUCGAUAUUCAGCAAUACAGACAUAACUCCUGAUAAAGGUAGAUCUAUUUUUGGAAACAUAGAAUCGAAUGUCGCUAGUAAGAGUAUAUUUGGUAAUGCAAAUGUGGAAAGUAAUCCCUUCUUACACAAAUCCUCUGCUAUUUCGGAUGAAGGGAAAACGAACGAAGAAGACAUGAAAUCUGAUACAAAAUCUGUAGCUCCUACUUUUCCAGUUUCCACUUUUAGUUUUGGACAAAGUUCCACUACUAAUAAUGUGACUGCUGGAUUUAGCUUUGGAAGUGCAAAGCCAUUUUCAUUUGCCCCUCAAGCAGUGAAACCGCAAGAUUCCGAGGAUAAAACGGAUAAUGAAAAUAAAGAUGAAGAAGAUGAAGAACCACCAAAACCAGAUUUCAAACCAGUAACUGAAGAAGGUGCUGUUUAUGAACAACGAUGUAAAGUUUAUAUAAAGAAAGAUGACAACUUUAGUGACAGAGGUGUUGGCAUGUUAUAUUUGAAACCAACACCAAAUGAAAAGACACAAUUGAUAGUACGCGCUGAUACUGCUUUGGGUAAUUUAUUACUCAAUACUUUAUUGACUCAAAGUAUUCCUAUCAAACGCAUGAACAAGAACACGAUAAUGUUAGUCUGUCUACCAAUGCCAGACUCUUUACCACCACCAGUCCCAAUGUUAUUAAGAGUAAAAACUAGUGAAGUUGCGGAUGAACUAUUUGAAACAUUAAAUAAACAUAAAAAUAGAAAAUCAAUUAGGUGACUAAAUGACUUGCAGAUUGGAGCAAUUUUAUUUUUUUUAUAUUCUCAUGCUAAGAAUCAAUAAAUAUAGUUAUAGUAAUAAAUCCUAAUUCAUACUUAAUGUGUAAUUUGUUCAUUAAUUAAUAAGGUGUCCAGGUUUGUUAAUUGUCCAUUAAAUAAAAAAUUUGUAAAUGUAAAUUUUGCAAAAAUGCUCAGAAAAUUAUAUAAUACUUAAACAUUAAAAGUCACCAAUAAUGAGUAAAUAAAGACAUUUCGCGAAUUAAAAAAAUGAUCAAUCUUUCCUAAUUGUUACUUCAUCUGUGCAGACAUUGUAAAAAAAUGUAAUUAAUGUUUUCUUAUUAAGUUCUAGAUCUCAAAUAAGAGAUAUAAUUAUUUUUGAAAGGAUAUCUUUAUAUUUACAUGUAUGGCAUUAUUUGGAAUGAUGUUACUUGGAUGAUUGUUGCUAAUAUAAUCAGUAAUAUGUAAUAAUAAUACAGUGAACAUAUAUGUACAUAGUAGAAACACUAGUAUAUAUUAAAUAGGUAAUCUACCUAUACACAUGUAAUGGCUGCUGAAAUAUUCUGUACUCUAUUAUAAGUACAAAAAAAUACAGAUUACAUGAAAUUA